UCUGACACCAGAAAAUUUUAAAUUAGCAAUAACUUUCUGGUUCACAUGUCGCCGUCGUCGUUCUCCAUCGCAACGGCCGUAUCUCCGGCGCCUCUCACCGGCCCUCUGCCAUCGAAAUCAAAGGCUGGUUUGUGUUCUUCAUAUUGGAAGAACAGUGAUUGUGGUUUCGCCGACAAAAAGAGUAUAAAUGUUGUGAAGAUUAGGCAUCUCAAGCAUCAAACUUGCUCAGUUUCUGGUAGGGAGAACACAUCUGUGGAGAACAUACCUUUUCCUGGUGAUUACUUCGAGCUCCUUAACCAAGCGAAACAAGCAGUUGAAUUGGCUAUGAAGGACGAGAAACAGUUAAUGGAAAUCGAGUUCCCUACAGCUGGUCUUGGGUCUGUGCCAGGAGAUGGUGAAGGAGGUACUGAAAUGACAGAAAGUAUGAAUUUGAUACGUGAGUUCUGUGACCGCUUCAUAACACCUGAAAAGGCUCGACGCACAAGGAUUUUCUUCCCUGAGGCAAACGAAGUUAAAUUCGCAAGGAAUACAGUCUUUGGAGGAGCUUCCUUUAAGUUGGAUUAUUUGACAAAGCCCUCUCUUUUUGAGGACUUUGGUUUCUCUGAGAGGGUAAAAAUGGCGGAUAGAGUGAAACCAGAAGAUGAGCUCUUCCUUGUAGGAUACCCGUAUUUUAAUGUCAACGAGAUGCUUGUGGUGGAAGAGCUUUACAAGGAAGCAGUCAUGAACACGGAUAGGAAACUAAUCAUCUUCAAUGGAGAACUUGACCGCAUAAGAUCGGGAUAUUAUCCGAAAUUCUUUUACCCGAAACUGGCUGCAUUGACGGAAACCCUAUUCCCGAAGAUGGAAACAGUGUAUUACAUCCACAAUUUCAAGGGACAGAAAGGAGGCGUUCUUUUCAGGAGUUAUCCUGGUCAGUGGCAAGUCCUGAGGAGAGUGAGAGACAGUUACAUAUGUGUUCAUCGACAAGAAGUAAUGCCUUCUCUCAAGGAGGUUGCUCUUGAGAUUCUUCCUUCCGCUUGAUAUUCUGGUACUCUUUUAUAAGUUAAAUUAUUCAUGUCCUCUUUAGCAAUUCUAUAAUCGAUGGCAAAUGCAAAUAGAUCAGCAUCAAACCGGUUGUUUAUCCGCGUUGCUCAAUCCGGUUUAAAUGAAACCGGUUAUCUACCAUGUGUCUGGAUUUUGGUCGGUUAGUAUCAAUUUCAAGAUUUAUCA